AUGGAGCCAGAAAAAUUUGCAGAUGCUGUUUUAGAUGAGAAAUGGGUUUCAACAAUGGAGGAGGAGCUGAGAAUGAUUGAGAAAAAUGAUACAUGGGAGCUUGUGGAUAGACCAACACACAAGAAGGCCAUUGGAGUAAAAUGGGUUUAUCGGACAAAGCUGAAUUCUGAUGGAUCUAUUAAUAAACAUAAAGCAAGACUGGUGGUCAAAGGUUAUGCUCAAAUGUGCGGAGUUGAUUUUUCUAAAACUUUUGCUCCUGUGGCUCGUCUUGAUACAAUCAGAAUGCUAUUAGCUAUAGUUGCACAAAAAGGAUGGAAGGUAGCAAGACCUGUAAAUCUCAUCUAUCUUAAGCUUGGUAGGCUUGAGAAAAGCUUUUACUUGAAGAGUGUGCCAAAAUUAACACGUCUCUAUGUUUAA